AUGCGAAAGUUGGAAUGGGACUUCAUGGGAGUGAAAGUUGAUAUACAGAUAGAUAGGCAGAUAUACCAUUUGCGCUUUGCAGAUGACAUCGCACUGAUAACACCUAGCAUCAGCCAAGCGGAACGAAUGCUGAUCGAAUUCGACAAAACAUGUGCAUGCGUAGGUCUUCAGCUGAAUCUGCAAAAGACGAUGUUCAUGCGUAACGGAUGGGUCUCGGAUCUCGGACGGACGCUCAAGGGAACGAACAUAUACGAAUGCAUCAGCUACGUUUAUCUGGGUCGGGAAUUGAACAUGAUGAACGACCUGACCUCCGAGCUGGGCAGUAGAUGA